UAAAUGGAGCAUCUCAAAGCUAUGAGUCAAUUUUGACACAUCUGAAGGUUCUACUGUGCGCAUUAUCAUCGAGGCAAAAACCAACCUCUCGGAUGUGGACAGAAGAAAAAACAUUUAUAAAAAUUGUCAAAAUUUGUUAGAGUGGUGAAUAAAGAACCUUGAUCCCCUUUUGAAUUCAAACUCACCCGCGGGCACAAAAUAAGCAAAUUUAUGUGAACAUGUUUUUAGCAUAAAAGUCUGAGCCAACUAGAUAGCUCUUGUGUAAUAAAUAAAUGCCUUUGUUUUUGUUUCAUGCCAAGCAACCAAAACAGCACUUUUCUCCAUGUCAUUAUCUGGACUUUUACAUGAGUACUGUAUAGGAUUGAAAUCGGUUAUUUUAAUUGUUUUACUCUGACUUUUGGACAUAUUGCGACAAGCGACCACCACUUCUUCAGGAUAGUGUUACAGAGAAAUGGGAGCCUUCUUUGAGGGAUAACGUCUCCAUGGCGACACCAGGACACAACUGCUCAGAGCAGGUUGCACAGAAUAUGCUGGCACCACCAUUAGCGUACCUCCACUAGUAUUGUCGACCGGUUGGCAUUUUCAGAAAGAAAAAAAAUGCACAGGAAGACAGUAGUCAAAAUGAAAACGACAAAAAACGGGUGAGUGUGCAUAUUUGUUCUUAUUUUAGCCACAAUUUCGUGACAAAGCUUCACUUGCGCUUCCUGCUUCAACUCAGAAAAGGUAAGAAAAGCGGAAAACGGGAGCCUAAGACGGACAAAGACUUGGACCUGGAUAAUGCCAAAACUAAUGUUGCCCGUUGGGAGUGAACUCGUCGGCAAGCUGGCACGCGCGGAGCAGGAAAUCAUUGAAGCCACCGACAAUUGGCUAAAGAGGGAGGCAGCAAAAGACGAGGAGAUUAAUGUACUUCAUGACACGCUCAAAAGUCAAGAGGCGCUAGCUCUUGAGCAGCAGAACAAACUGGUUGAACAUUACACCCUUGAAAUCAGUGAGAUGAAGGUGCUGUUCAGAAAGCGAGCGGGUGAGUUUGAGACGAUACGGGAUGGAAUGAGGACGAUCGAGGAGUUCCAGACGAGAAAAGCUCAAAUGGAGCAGGAGCUCAGCGAUAUGAAACAAAGCAUGCAGCUCGCUGAGAAGGAGCACAGGGAAAACCGCAACAUGAUGGAGUACAGGUUCUUUAAAGAAAAGGCUCGACUGGAGAAGGAUGCCGAGGAAAUGAUAGCACAGGUGGAGGAGCAAGCCCACCAUGAAGCUGUUUUGCAGCUGGAUGACGCCUCGCGCUGCGUCUUCAAGGAGAACGUCCGUCUCAACGAGACACUGAAGCACCACAUGAAGGAGGCAGGGGAGCUGCACAAAAUGGCAGACUCGUUGGCGAAGGAAAACACGUCCCUGGCGAUGGACAAGAAGACACUGACCAUACUGGCAAAGAAAAACGCAGCCGAGUUGGUGGCCCAAAAAGAAGAGUUGACCCAUUUGAAAGAAAAGUUAGCUUCUCUGGAGCAGACUUUGGAACAUAAAAGAGAUGAACAAGAGCGUUUUGAGGAGAAGAUGCUGCUCAGCCGCCAGGCCGACAAGGCAGAGUUCGAGAAGCUUCAGAGUGUGCUCUCCAUGCGGGAGAAGGAACUAAAGCACAUCAAGAGGCUAGCUAGCGCCGUCAUGGAACAGCGCUCUGAGCUGGAGCGCUUCUUCCACGAAGCUCUGGCUCAAGUGAAGGACGAGAUAGCGGCCGCUCGGCUUCAGUACAAAAAGGAGGCCCAGCAGGCUUAUCGCUGGACGCUCAAACAGGCCACAGCAGGAAGGAUCAAGUUCCCGCCCAUCCGCACCUUCCAGAACACUCCAGAUAGCGCCGACUCGAUCUGUUCUGACAUGGAGAAGGCCGCACGGUGGUACGUCAUCAUCCCAUCGCUUCUGCGUGAUGAUUCUUCAUCAGGCAACUUCACUUCUUUUUUCAGGAUCCAUCAACCCGGGGGUAAAGUGGAAUUUUCAAAUCUCACUUGGGAGCAAAAGGAACACGUUCUCCGUCUCCUGUUUGCUAAAAUGAAUAGACAAAGGCCGAGGAGAGCCAACAAUCCGGUGGUGUCCUCAUCUGACAGUCAUAAUGCUGGAGAGGAGGCCUGCGCCCUGUCAACUUUUAUUACUCAAGCGCCUGACUCCCUUGGACCCACCAACACCAACUGCCUGGAGGAGAGUCACACCACAUGAUCUUGACGUGGCCUUCUAGUCCAUCAUUAAGCUUUUGAUUUGUUGUCUCUCACUUGCAUGUCUACCGCGUUGUUAAUGCUAUCGUAAGGCAAGGUUGGUUCUCCCUUGCAAUAUUUUCAUCCCUUAUUAAAUUAAGAGUUGGACACGCCGUGUUAAAUCUUUAAUUUAUCAGGACCGUUUGCUCUGUACUCUGUGCUUCUGAGUUGGUGGCAUGAGUUUCAGGAAAGCCUUUUUUUUUUUUAACAAAGCAAAUCUCUCACCCCAACCCCGUUAAACAUCUUUUGACUUGUAUAGAUUGUGACUGUCUGGUCCAAAUCAUCAACAUCAAGAAUGUUCUUCUUGUUGAAUGAACUCCCCCGCCAAAAAAAAAAAACCUCAGCAGAUGCACGCGUCCAUGUCCCUGCUUCACAACCCACAAAAAUGGCAGUCACUCCUUUCCGCUUUGCCAUUUUAUUACUUUUGUGAUUUAGUGACACAUACUUCCUCUAUUU